CAGAAGCGUACCAAGAGCUGAGAAUCCCGCGACAGUUUUCGACAGCAAUAGCAACUACAACGUUUCGAAUAAACGUGCGAUACAUUUCGUGUGCGUUUCAUUCAUCAUGUGAAAAGAGGAUUGGUUUUCACACACGCCACUGAUCACAGAGUUGGUGUACUAGUGUACCGCAAAGUUAAGGAGACGAUUAAAAGUGCUUAGACACAGUGCCGCACCGUGUCGGAAAACGGACCCGACCCCACGCUCGAGGCAAGAACGAAAACGAAACCGAAGGACCGAAAAAAGAAUUAGUGCAGAUAGGUAAUUAGUUGUCUGCGGUUGCUGUGCCCCAUUUAAACCGAAUGAAGUGACGUUAACUGUCUGAUUAAGAGUGAAUCCUUAUCGAGCAAAUUUGAUCUCGAUUGUGGCCGGACGAAGAUUUGGCAGUACUUUUCGGACAAACGGUAAAGCAGCAUAAUAAGAUUCUACCCCAGCCCAGCGCGAGGAUGUGCACCAGAAUUCGUAAGGGCAUCAUCAACCCGAAUUAUCCGGGCUUUCAGUCGUUGGCGUACACGCUGAACGAGGAUAAUUUUGACUACAGCUCGGAAAACCCGUCCGAUGACGAUGAGGACUCGUACGUGUCCGAAUCGGACGACAACGAGAUGAAACAGCGCGAGAAGGAGCCGGAGCAGCCGGGCGACGAAAAUGGCAACUCGUACGGUGGUGACAACAGUCAAGUGGAUGAGCAAAAUUUGCAUCUACAUUCCAGCAUGGACAUACCGAUCGUUCGGUCCUCGCUUUACCACGCUCCACCAAUGACGACGGCACUGGAAACGGAAGAAUUUUUCCCGUCCAAUUCACCCUACCAUCGAACACGGAUGCAACUCAUUCCGACUGGGCGUAAAUCGCCCACGCUUACAACCUCCAUGUUCGACACAGAGGAACAGCUGGAAUCGACGGUAAUUUACGCCUGCACUCCACCGGACAUUGUGCUGCAGCAUAGCUACGAUCAUCGUUCGAGUGCACACGAAACGUGUAAAGAAUUUGCGAAGUUAACGCUGGAACUCUCCAACAGUCAAAAGCCAGAUUUGAUACCGGAACAGCAAUCAGUAACGGCCAGAACGGAACGACAGCUGAAGAAGAGCUACGAGGUGGAUACCAUGGCGAAGCUAAAUGAUCUUCAGGAACAUGAUCAUCCAGCAACCACUCUAAUGGAUGGGUUCCAAAAGGAUAUGAAGCAUGAAGAUGUAGAUGAUACGGUACAGGACGAUAAUGAAGGAAACCGCUCGCCACCUUCACCGGCGAUCGAGUUGGUUCAAGCAGUUGGUAGCAAUUUCCAGCAGGAAACGUCUUUACCGCCAGACACAGUGCUGGAUGAAAUAAUCGAAUGCUUUGGACCACCCUCAGAUGGUGCACUGUCGGAAGAUUCGGAGCAGGAGUCAGAUGAGGGCGAGUUGGAAUACAAACCGUACGGAGUGGAGGAAUCGGGAGUAGAUUCCUACCCAUCAUCUCCCAGCGACGUACCAGCAUCGGGCGACAGUGGGGAUAGUGCCGGAUCAAGUCCGGGUGAGGUGCAAUACCAUCUUGUAGACGAUUGUUCGAACCAAACGGUACAGAUUACCCGUUCGCGCCAAUCAAACGAACAAUCGCCCACGAAUCAUUAUCAUCUUCUGCAUCACUACUCAACACCGGGCCCGAUGGAUUACCACAACAAUCCAACGCAGCCGGCGAAUGUCAUGGAGCACGGGAUUAUUCGUAACGAUUAUUACAGCUCACUAGGGCAAUCUGCUGCUCAACCUAAUCCCUCCGAAUUCGGGCACCAAAAUGUAACACGCUUCACCCGAGUAGCAAAUCGAGAUGAAACAGAAGCAUCAUUCGACUUUCCCGAGGCACGUCCUAGUACGCUUCAACUCACUCGAAGAGAGGCCAACUUUUCAUCUUACUCCGCUCACGUUGCUAGUGAUAUUCAAACUUCUUCUUGCAAGGAAAAGAACAAGAAACAUGACGAUAACCAAACCCAUAGUACGGAGAUAGUGGUCCCUGAGAAACAGUUCCAAAAAGUUCCGAAAGUGAAUCCAUUUUGCGAGGCUCUUCUCCAGGAGAGUGACACGUGCGAUUUCUUCACGAAACAGGCCAAAUUACAGAUUGAGGCAAGGAUGGCACUUUGCCAGGCGAAGGAUAUGGCACACAUGCAAAUGGAGUUCGAAAAACGAAGCCUGCCACUCUCUCCCGUGACGAGGGUGAUUCACACCGCCGUCGAGAAGGCCGGGCUUAGUUUGGCACAAGACAAGCGACGCCUUUCCCGUUACUAUCUAACCCGGCUUAACGUCCAUCAGCUGCAGACAAUUCUUACCGAGCUGCAGGGUCAUGCAGAGGUGCUCAAUGAGGAGCUGGUGGAGUUGCUGAUGGAACGGGAUGAGCUGCAUAUCAGUCAGGAUGCCACGCUGAUCGAUAUUGAGGAUCUAUCGCGAUAUCUUUGUGCCAAGGAACAGACGAUCAUACAUGCUGAACGGCAGCGCAAAAACCACUACUGGAACAGCAACCGAGCGAUGCAUCACCAUCAGUCACACCAGAAACAGCCCUCCCUACCACAGCCACCACCACCACCACCGAUACGAUCGACGUGCGGAACAGCGAUCCCAGCAUAUCGUUACCAUUAAAAGUGCAAUCACAGUGUUGUUCGCGAAUCGUUUAGGUUAGACAAGCUCCUCAAACAGCAAAAGACACUAUGUUAAAUAAUAUAGAUACAAAAAACACGUUGAAAACAAAUCAUACAAAAACCAGUGGACCCAAAAACUAUAUAUAUAUGGAAACAAUACAGUGUAAACCCAGAACAAUCCCUCGGUACUCAGCCACCGAUCACAGUUGGUUAGCUAAUGCACAAAUAAAAAAAAAUGCAACAACAUUCCCCACAAGGCACAGAGGCUCACAGUACUCAAACACACUCAUAUUCCCACGCUCUGCAUUGAACCAUAGCAUAGCGCAAUAGUGCAACGGUGAGCAGGAGGACCUACUCACCUUGUGAUAGAAUAUGCCUCCGCUAGUAACAUGCUGUACUAAGUAAACUGGUGCGAUUGUAUUGCGCUCCUACCUAAACACUCACGUACCACGAACCGAACAUACCAUCGUAUCGCCCAUCAUUCAAAAAUCUAUCUAACAAUCAACGCUCUGGUGAUAAAGGAUAAUACUAAAGAUUGUUGUCUCUAUUUUUCGAUAUCUAAAACAAGCUCCCUACACUCUUUGCUGUACUCAAAGUAUGCAAAUCAAAAACGACAACUAUCCAACUUAACUCUAACACUUCAGCCUUCUCCCUGGUACAUGCAUGCUCUACGACGUUGCCACUUUCUUCGUUGAUGCAAGUAUUUGUUGCAAUAAAAAAAAUCCGAAUAACGUGAAAAUGAAAGUUUAACGCAAUAAAUGAUUACCAUUUUCGCAUUGAA